UGCUAUUGGUCUGAAAAUCACAUGACAUGGAGCUCCAAGAAUCCAUAAUUAUGUUGCUGAUAUUUUUGGCCCCCAAAAUAUGUCAGCUUCCAACUGUCCUUAUUCUCCUCCAGAAAACCUUUACUACAGGAACAGAAACGGGGGGAAAAAAACAACAACAAUACAAAUAAUGUCAUGCCAGGAUAACAUGGCUGCGGGUCAUUUCCUUAUGGAUUCUUUGAUGGGAGGAUCAUCUUCCUAUAGAGGCGAAGGCUACUCCAACAGCAACCAUGGAAUGUACAUCCACCCAGCUGCAUCUGAGUAUGGAUGCUCAAUGAUGAGACAUUUUGGAGUAGUUGGAUCGAAAAAAGACGAGGUUCCUCUGAGCAGCCACCCUCUCGGCUCCUACCAAGAUGCGCCUUACCUGUCAUCCCAACUGGGCACAUGGACCUCGGCUUCCAAAACUAACAGGGACGAGCAACCUGUUGCCCAGUCCAGUUUACAACCGUGUUCGUUUCCAACCGACAACGUCAAAGAGGAGGCGUUCUGUUGUCUGUAUCAGGGUGACAGUAGCAGCAGGGCUAAUAAGGACGCUACAGAGUCGGCUACUUACAUCCGGCUUGGGAACAAUAGUAGCAGCCAGACCGACCAAACCGCUGUCUCGGCGACGUCCGAAUGUUAUGGAGGAGAGAAACAGGUAUACCCCAGAGGGAGCAGGGGACAGCGAAAAGAGCAGGUCGGGACAGGCUUUGCUUCUUUGGACCAGGUGACGACAUCUGUUGAAUCACCCAGAGAAUCAACGGUUAAAAUGAGCAAAUCUACCCAGGAGACAGUCAGCGAGGAAAUGAGCAACGAAAAGGCAAAACAGGGAAAGAGCAUGAAAGAGGAAAGCGCAAAGACUGACAGUUGUUCUGAUAACUCCGACAGCGAAUUGAAAGAUGAUUUUACACUGGAAAAUGCUCCAGGAAACUGGUUAAAAGCCACAAGUGGACGGAAGAAGAGAUGCCCGUACACAAAGCACCAGACGCUCGAGCUGGAAAAGGAAUUUUUGUAUAACAUGUACCUGUCUCGCGAGCGCCGCCUGGAGAUCAGUAAGAGUAUCGAUCUGACCGAUAGACAAGUCAAGAUCUGGUUCCAGAACCGAAGGAUGAAACUCAAGAAACUCAAUAAGGAAUGUCGUGGACGGGAUCAUAUGGCAGUCCACAACUUCACUUAAAAUUAUUUGAUAUAAAACCAUUCCAUAUACACCCAAACACACACACACACACACACACACACACACACACACACACAUACACAUACACAUACACAUACAAAGUGUGCCUUCAUACAAGGACAAUAUUUCAACGAUGCCCAAGAGUACAUUACUUUAUCAAGGAGGGACUUGGUUUCGGGUCAGCAGUUGAGUUUGCCUUUCAACACAUGAACAUUGAAUAGAGGUGCCGGUUGCCCUGCCAACAUAGAACUGCUAGAACUUCCGGAACGAAAACAGACAUUGUUUGUUUUGGAAUGUUUCCUCAUUCCGUUGCUUCAUCUUGUUGUCUUUAGUUUAGUUGCUUCUGCUAUGUAGGCCAUGAUAGGCUAUUCGCACUGUUUGCAUGCACAUUGUUGCUUGCGUCAUAUAAGACCCGUUUGACGAUUCCUAAAGGAAAUCCGUGUCCAAUAGAAUAAAGGAGGGGAUUUGAAAUGAAAUAUAUAACAUAUAGCUUGUCCUUCCCCUUAUUAUCAUGUUAGCACUCUGAGAAAGGAAAAGACAGAGGGGAAGAGAGAGAGAGAGAGGCUGCAGAUGAGAGUGGGAAGAUCAUGGCCGUUUUAAUAGGAGAGAUUGGUUUAAAUAGUAUCCAGGUGACCACAGUAAGUCAAGGUCAUAAAAGUAUUAUGUCAGGAUCGUCUCGUGGUAGAAGCAUGAGCUCGGGGUGGAUUUUAUGAUCUGCAAAUAUAAUGUGCUAGCUGGCUGCUGCAGUAAAGAUGCAUCGUUUAAACGUGUGUGGAGGAGAGGGCUAGACUAGUCUACAGAGUGGAGAGUGUCUGCUUUGUACUGGAGUCACCAACGCGCUCGACGGGCUCCCUCUGCUAUGUAGCCUGCCGCCUACUUAUUUGACGAUACAGGGCUGUUUGUUAUCUCGUCAAGAAACGAAAAGGAUGGAUGAUGAACAACAACAACAGAAACAUCAAAGACAGCUUGAAUAAAUAAGGACCACCACGACAGAGUGUCUCCGGGGAAAUUCAAGGUAGGACACAAAUAGAUAACCCAGUGGCAAAUUGGAUUCACGCGCGUUCUACAAGGAAGAAGAGGUGCCCUUAUUCAAAAUACCAGACUCUCGAACUUGAAA